AAUGAAGUGUUUGAAAAAAACAAAAAUAAAUAAAUAAAGAAUUACAUUCUCAUAAUUAUCGAUCCCUAAAUAUUUCUGUCGAUUGGGAAACAACAAAAAACAAAAACAAAAAGGACAAGGAUUACAAUCAAACAACAUUCGAAUAAAAAUUUUCUUGGUAUUCGUUUUGAUGUCCAUCCUUAUAUAUAUAUAAAAAAAAAAGAAAAAGAAAGAAAGAAAGAGAAAGAGAAGAAAAAAUAAAAAAAUAAAUAAAAAAGAAAGGAAAAAAAAAGUUGGAACGUAAGAAGGAAAAAAAAAGAUACAAAAUUAACCUACAAAAUUAAAGCGUCUGAUAUUCUCCGUAUCCCCGCAUUCCUCCCCCGCGCACCCCGUCGCCAUUACCCCUGAGUAAGAUGACGAUCUUGAUCAAGAGAGAGAAUGAGAGAAAGAGAGAGAAGAGAAGAGAAGAGAGAGCGAGAGAUAGAUGGAGUGAGAGAGAUAGAGAGAAAGGGUGGGGGGAGAAAAAGAACCUGUAAACUAGGGACGGCCCUGGGGCAUAACUUUUUAACGUUACCACCGACGCUCCUGUCCUCUAGUGUGUAACACAUUCAUCGUUAGAAAUGUUUACUAUUUUCUCCGAUUGUGUGAUCUGUGAAUAAAAUCGGUGUGUAACCCGUACCAACGUAGAGACGUCGUCGGAGAGUCGUCUUAUUAAGGAACGCGUUUGUAACGCGAAAUAAGUAUAUCCCGUUGUGUGUGUGAGAGAGAGAGAGAGAGAGAGAGAAUGUAUGUGUGAACGUGCGUGUUAUAUGGUGUAUGUGAUGGACGGAUGAGAAGGGUGGGGAAGAGGGAGGGGGUUAGGUAAAAAAAAGAAAGAAAGAAAGAAAGGAAAAAAAACUAAACUAGUUUAGUCAAUCGAAGUAGACGAGGACAGAAAAAAAGAAAGAAAGAAAAAGAAAAUGUUACGUUAUGACGAUAAAUCGGUGUAGGAGUUCAAUGGUGGUCAGGUGCGUAUUUAUUAUUGGGUGCGUGACCGAGACAGAGAAAAGUGAGUGAGUGAGAGAGAGAGAGAGAAACAAAGAAAGAGACAGACAGACAGAGAGACGUAGCCACCGCCACCGCCACCACCGCCGUCGUCGCUGCCGUUGCUUCUACCGUCGUCGACGUCGACGACGACGACGACGACGAUUAGGACGACGGCGACGACUAGGACGACAACAACUACAGUAAAACGGCGUCGGUGUGUGUUUAACGUAAGCACAGAGAAAGAAGAAGAAAAGGAAAAGAAAGAAAGAAAAAAGAGAAACGUUGCUUAAAAAAAAAAUUCCGCUAAGUCAUAAAACUCUGCACGCACACGUACGCGCGCGCACUUACUAGCGGACAGGCAGACAGACAGACACACACACACACACACGAAAUGGCAACACGCAACAAUUUUGAAAAAGGCAAUCGUGUGUGAUGAAUAUUCGACUUGAUCUUCUUCGAUUCUUCACACAACGAAUGCAUUUCUCUCUCUCUCUCUCUCUCUCUCUCUCUCUCUCUCUCUCUCUUUCUCUAUUAACCCCCCACUCUCUGCCUCUCUCUUUCUCUCUCGUUACUCCCCCCUCUCUUUCUUUUUGUUCGGCUCUUCUCCAAAGUUGACGAUGGCAACGUGUCGCGCGUCGUUCGCCGAGAUACAUACAUCACGCGUUCUACGGGGGUCAAAAGAUCUUUCUUAAUCAAAAGAGAAACCAAUGAGAGAUAUUAUUUUGACAAUAAUUUCUAAGGAAAAAAAUAAAAAAUAUUUUUUUCUUUUUCUCAAUGAAAGAAAAAAGAAUUAAAAUAAUUCGUUCAAUUCUUUGAUAAUAAUAAUAAUAAUAAUAAUAAUAAUAAUAAUAAUAAUAAUAAUAAUAAUAAUCGUCAUCGGGAUUUAAUUUGUUCUAAUUCAUAUCGAUUAUUCUUUUUUUACAAUUUCUUUUUCUCUCUCUCUGUCUCUCUCUUUCUCUCUCUCUCUCAUGACAUACAUACAUAAUACAUCAUACACGUGUAAAAUUUAUUACAAAAUGAAACAAGAAAAUGAAGAAUGAAGUGAAAGAGUGGAGUGAAGUGGAGUGAAUUGGGGUGAGGGAAAGGAAGUGAGGUUAUGUCGAAAAAGUAUGAUUAGGGUAGACAUUGGAUGCGUCAUGGGGUUGUUUAGCCACGUUUUACGCUACGAGGUUGACUGUGCGCGAUGUGUAUCUCUGUGUGUGUGUGUGUUUAUGCAAGGAGGGGAUGAGUGAGUGAGUAAAAGUGUGUACUGUGUGAAUGUAUGUGUAUGUGCGCGCGCGAUAGAGAAAAGGAGAGAGAGACAUCAUAGACAGAUCCACACAAGUAUCUUACAAUAAAAGAUUGAGAGAAGUAAAGUAAAACAGUUUAUAGAUAAAGGUUAAAAUCAAACCAACUUGAUUAAUUUGUUUAAUAAUAAAUUGACAAAAUUGUUGACUCGCUAACGCAAUAGUUGUAUCUCUCUCGCAGGUGACCGACGCUAACCGUUAAAAGCUGUGUGCUGCUCUGCUUCGUGGACUCUCUCUCUCUCUCUCUCUCUCUCUCUCUCUCUCUCUCCUCUCCUUCCCCUCUCUCACUCUCUUCUCUCCUACCCCUCUCUCUCUCCUCCUUUUCCCUUAUGCUCUCCUCUCCUCUCCUCUCUGUCCCAUCUUCUCUCUCUCUCUUUCUCUCUCUCUCUCUCUCUCUCUCCUCUCCUCUCCUCUCUUUCUCUCUUCUCUUUCUCUCUCUCGUUCCUCUUUCGUCGGUCUGCUGCUGCUGCUACUGCUGCUUCCGUGGUUGUGUCGUCGCGUUGCACGGGUGUGCUCCUCCUCGUCGCCUAGGAGGCGAUCAAAUCUAUUUCCUUUUUUUUGUUUUUUUCCCUCCUAUUCUAUUCGUCGUCGAUCGGCAAAGAAAAAAGCCUUGUUCGUGGAUGGUGCAUCUCUAAUAAUAAUCCUUGGCUAAGGAUCACAUAAGGGGAUAUUACAUGAUUCGUGACCCGUCAAACGGUGCCCGCUCGAGAGAUCGACUCUACAGUCGUGGCCCCAUGGACGGGACGUUGGAAGAACCUCCUGUUAAGGACUCUUCUCAGAAUAAUUCUGACAAAGUGUCAAAAGACAUGGUCAUUCCAAAUGGUGUCAAUGGAAAGUAUAGUACUGAAAAAGAAGAAUAUCCAGAUUCUGACAGUGUCAAAACUUCAUCGAACGAGACUAUUAGUAAACGGAUAGAAGAAGGGGAAGGGGAAGGGGAUGGGGAAGAGGAAGAAGAUGAAGAUGAGGACGAAGAGGAAGAUGUUAUGGAAAGAAGACACUUUGAGCAUGAAGAAGGGGGUAUACAAUCGGAAGAUAGUGAGCAAAAUGAUUCGAGAAAGAAUAGGAGUAAGGGGGGUUGCUUAUAUGAGUCAAGAAAUGACUCCAUAGUUUCAGAAUCUUCCGAUGGUGUCAGUGAGAUGAACGAUACUAGUGAAGUGUCUAGAAAUGAAGAUAAGUGUAGAAACACAUCUCGUGAAGCUAUGGAUGUUGAUGAACAGAGUAAUAACUCUGACAUAGAAUGUUUGGAUGAAAGUAUCACGAGAGUACGAAUGGAUAAUGACGAUGUGUUCACUUUAAAAAAAUCUAACAUAAACGAGGAUAAAGAGUUGUCAUGUAGUAGUAAUGUUCAAGAAUCUAAUGAUUCUGCUGAAAUUGUGGAAAGCAGUAUGGAUACAUCGGAUGUGAAAAUAUGCGAAGAAAAUGGUAGCUGCGAUAGUCCCGAAAUAGAGGAGAUAACGGAUAGUGCAAAGAAUAAUAAUGGUCUUAAUACGACUCAAGAACGUACUAUAAAAGAUCCCACUAAACAAAAAAAACAGAGGAAACAAAUAGAUCUUAGUAGUAUUACACCUAGAAGAAGUUCUCGUAAUAUUAAAAGAACAAGUUAUAUUGAAAGAGAAGUUGAAGAAGAAGCAGAAGAUGAUGGUUCUGAUAUAGAGGAAAUUAAACCUGAAGAUCCACUAGCUGGGAUAGAUAGUAAAGAUAAAGAGAAUUCUAAACUAAAGUCACCGUCGAAAAAUAGUAAAACCACUAUUGUGGUCAAUGAUACUAAACGCUUAGUAGAAAUUGCUGCUGGAAGUAAGUCCGUCAAAGGUGGCAAGAAAGAACCUACGUUAGUUAUAAUAGACACAAACUCCAUACUUUCAGGCCGCGGUGGCCUUCCUGUUGGUAACAAUAAGCCACAUCAUACGGUUUCUAAUACCAGUUCUUUCUCAGUUGUACCAAUGAAUAUGACUACACAAACGAUGUAUCCAAAUAUGAGAACAACUAUUACACCUGUACCCAUGACAUCUAAAACUGCACAAUUAAGUCCUAAACCAAGUAGCAUGACUACAGUGACUCCUCCAAUGCCACCGAUAUUACCAACUUUAACUGAUGACAUGUUUGUCGUGGAAGCACCAUCAUUUAUAGUACCUUAUGUAUAUGAAAAACCUCCAUUAAAACCAUUGAAAGAAUUUGUUUCUAAAUUAGAAAAAAGCAUAGAGGAAAAACAAAAGGAAGAGAUAUUAAAAAAGAUGACGGAAGAUAAUAAAGAUAAUCAAGAUAUUAAUGAAGAUUCAAUGGACAUGAAUAAAAAAGUAGAUAGCAGAAACCAAGAAAGUGAAAAUGAUGGAAGUUUGAGGUCUAAAAAGGAUGGAGAUGAUAGUGGAGGUGAUAUAAUAGAUGCAAUGGAAUCAGGUAUUUCAAAUAUAAGUGACAAACAUGAUAUCAGGCAAGAUGAUAGGAAUAAAGUAAUAACUUACUUUGAUUUACCAUUGGGAAAAUUUUUUAUGCAAAUUGGAGUAAAUCUUGUUCAAGAAUAUGUGCAAACUGAUCUAUUACGGACUCAAAAACGUAAACAGGGCAAAGGUAGCACAUCUGCGGAGACACAAUUAGCUAUAAAUUCACUCAUCAAGAAUUUAGAAUUUAGUAAGGAAAAUAAUGAACCAUUCCACUUAGAAAUGAAAAAAUGUGAAUUCUGUAGUUUUAAAACGGAGUCUACAUUAGUAAUGCAGCAUCACUUAGAAACUCCUCAUAUGCGCAAUUAUGUCUACAAAUGUAAUUUUUGUCCAAUGGAAGUUCGUAGUCCUCAUGAUAUAUUAUUCCAUAUGGAAGCAGAACAUAAUACUCGUGGACGAUUGGAACGUGGUCCAGCUUUUCAUCAAUGUCCAAAUUGUCCAUUUGAAGAUAACCAAAAAGGCAAACUUACACGGCACAUUCUUGCUUGCUCUAAAAAAUUUAGACCAGAACGGAAUUUGGAACCUGCCGCUGAUUGGGAACCACCGGCGAAGAUUCCAAGAUUAAAUCGUGCACGUCCAGUUGGGCCGACUAAUCCUAACGCUCUCGCUAUGGCUAUGAGUGCCAAAGGUCCACAACCACUUUUACCGAAACUACUUCCAGCACCGAUCACAGGUCGUGGAAGAGGACGCCCACCAAUGCAGCCUAGAUAUUCAGAUAUGAAAGCAUUACGACCUGGUGGUACUACGAUGCGGCAAGAUAAUGUUGCAGGCAUGAUGUAUCGACCAACAUCUUCUGGCCUACUAGUUCCUGCUUCGUACCAAUUUGGUAGUAAUCAAUUAUUUCAGGUGGUGGGUGGCUCUGGGACUGUCAUGUCGGCUGUCUCGGGAGUGAGUAGCAGUAGCGGCAGCAGUUCCGGUCAACCCACUCCCAUUGCACUUGUACCCAACGUAAUCGACUCUCUGUCUAGGUUGUCCUCAUCACAGAACACAACGGCCAGUACAAAAAAUCCUACAGCAAAGUUGUUAAGUCAACCAAGUAUAUCUAUAACUCCAUUACCACGUACAACAUCUCAAACCUCCAUUCCUGGUUCAGGAACAUCAUCAAAAUCUGGAGGGAAAAAUACAUUUGUUAUAUGUGAAAUUUGCGAUGGUUAUAUUAAGGAUCUUGAGCAACUAAGAAAUCACAUGCAAUGGAUUCAUAAAGUAAAAAUACAUCCAAAGAUGAUUUAUAACAGACCUCCAUUGAACUGCCAAAAAUGUCAAUUCCGAUUUUUCACAGAUCAGGGUUUGGAAAGACAUUUGCUUGGAUCUCAUGGACUCGUUACGUCCAGUAUGCAAGAAGCAGCAAAUAGAGGAAAAGAUGCUGGUCGUUGUCCAGCAUGUGGCAGAGUAUACCAAUGGAAACUAUUAAAUCAUGUUGCACGGGAUCAUGGGAUGACAUUAAAACCCGCGCAUUUAUCGUAUAAAUGUACAGUUUGCACUGCCACAUUUGGGAUGUAUAAACAAUUUGAAAAUCAUGUAUACUCAGCGCAUAGCGUUGUCGCCAAGAGAGUAAUGGAUAAAAAGAAUACACCAUCGUCUCCGUCAUCAAGAUCAAAUGAUUCUCUUUUGAAACCGUUGAAGAUAAAUGAUGAAAUAACAAUAAUUCCACAACCAGCAAAACCUACAACUAGAUCUGGCACAUCUCAGGGCAGAAGCAAAUAGCAAUGAUCAGCAGAGUGAUACGUGUAUCCUUGUUUAACAGAAUUUCACGUAACUCUGAGGUGGUACUCCAUAAGCGAUCACUGAAAAUAAUUUACAGUGAUUGAGACGUGCCGUGUACAUGUGUAUGCAUAUAACUAUGCUUAAGAUGCAAUUACCGACACUAAAAAAAAAAAAUAAUAAUAAUAAUAAUAAAGAAAAAGAAAAUUCACAACCUCUUGGCAAAUGAAAAGAAAAGAGAAAAAAAGAAAAAAAAUGAAAAAAAAAGAAAGAAAGAAAGAAAGAAAGAAAACAGGAAAAAAAUAACUAGUUGACUGCGUAAUAUAAUAUUCCAUCAAUGAUUAUACCGAUAUAUAUUUAUUUAAGAAUUUUUAUUGUUGUUAUCGGACAUACAUAAAAAUAGACUGUAAAAACAUGAAAGCGUGGCCUUCAGUCUAAUUCCUUAGUUUAUCCUAAAGCUACGUAAUUCCCGCUUUACACGAUGAACUUAACGAAUGCAUAUAUAUAUAUUAAAAAAAAAGAAAAAAAAACAAAAAAAAAACAAAAAAAAUAUUUUGCAUUCUUCGUCAUGUAUAUCAACACACUUUAAAUAGUAAAUUCUUUGUAAUGUGUAAAUUGUUUUUGUAAGAGAAAUAUAAUCGAAUAUGUCAUUCUAUUUUGUCAUUGAAACUUUUCAAAGACGACGACGACGACGACGAAUUACAGUUUAUUAUAAUAUAUCUCUUUUGGUCCUUUUUCUCUCAUUUAAUAAAAUAAUUCGAAUGGUAAAGAAUAAUAAUAAAUGAAUAAAAAUGAAAAAGGAAAAAAAAGAAAAGGAAAAGAAAUAUUUGUAAAACGAUUUCUGAAUGGUUAUACUCCUCGAGUCAGGAAUUGUAAUAACUAACCAGAGUGCCCUCGGAUAUUCUAGAACCACCUUUGGUAUACAAUAAUAAAAACUUAAUAAUUAUCAUGAAAUAUAAUUAUCAUUGUUCUUCUGGAAUAAUAAUAAUAAUAAAUAUCGCGUCUAUCUUUUGAUUAUUAUACGUCAUUUAAAACUAAUGAUGAUGAUGAUGAUGAUGAUGAUGGCGAUGAUGAUGAUGAUGAUGAUGAUAAGGAAACGAUGAAAUUGUUAUUUUUAUCCAUUACAUAAUUUAUCUGUCAUAUUUUCAUAAAGUUGUGUGUACGGAAUAAUUUAUAAUGUAAUUGAAGAAGAAGUAGAGAAGAAGAAGAAAAAGAAGAAGAAGAAGAAGAAGAGUAAAAACCACACACAGAUAAAGUUGUAAAUUGUAUCUAUUAUUAUAUAAGUUAAAGCGCGCUCUUCAGUCUUUAUAUAUUGUAAUCAAAUAAUCUCCAGUCUUAUUUUUUUGCUCUAAUAAGAAUCGACAACAAAAAAUGUACAUUAACGUAGGAAAAUAAUCUAAGCAAAAUAUAUCAAUAAAAUAGGAUGGCACACACAUUAAUGUAUACAUUUUUUUUUCUGUUAAACGAUAACACACAACAUACACUUACACAUAUACACACUUAAAGAAAAGAAAAACAAACAACAAAAACAUGAAUACAAAGGAGAAUUGAAUUUGUUAGCGUAUAAUGCAAGACAUAUAUAUCUACACAUUUGUAUAUGUAUACGUAUAAUAUAUCUAAAGCAAUAUUAUAUAUAUACAUAUAUAUAUAUAUAUACAUAAAAGCAAAAUAAGAAAAAGAAAAAAAACACAGGAAAUAAUUAUAGAGUAGCAAUAGUGUAUUUACAAGAAGAAGAAAUGAUUUCUCUCUAUCUCUCUCUCUUCUCGUAAUACACUAACUUGAUAAAAUAGGCUUAUAUGGAUAUGUAGAUAGUUGUUUAAAAAAAAAAAAAGGAAAAAAAAGAAGAACAAGAGAAGUAACGGGUUUAAUUUAAUAAUUUCAAUUUAAUCCUAAUCAUUUUUGUACGUUACAGUAGGUAAUAAUUUUAGAUGAUGAAAAACUGUAUUCAGUAAAACGAAGAAGGAUACCAUAGUGCGUUUUUGCACUCUAAGGCUGUAUUAUUUAAACUCUGCGCUGCUUGCUUGCCAUUUAUAUGGCACGAGCUAUGUUGGUCAAACUGAGAAACAUUCAUAGACAUAAUUACAGAAAUAUAUAGUUUACUGUAAUAAUUUGUACAAUAUUAUAUGAUGACAAAAAUAAAGUGUACCAACAUUGUAUUACAA